CAACUUCUGGGGAUAUCACGCAUUACUGUGCUGUGUUUUAGGUGGAAGUUAAGUUCUAGAGAAGAAUAUGAAGGAAUUCUCUUCAAAGAGAGGGCAGAACUUUACAGUUCCAGAGAUGCUGCUCAGUGGAAGGAGCGCGCUCUUGGAGAGCUAAAGGUCCUCUUCCAGACACAGAAGAAGUAUUACAGGACCCUUAUGAGAAGGGACCAAGUUCUUGAGGUGUGUGCAAAGCAAGUCAUCACUGAAGAAGUAAACUUGGUGCCCUCUGAAACAUCAAACAGUGUUUUAAUUUGGACAGCUACAGAUGAUGCUGAUGGUAAAGUGAAAGUAGAGCAAUUUGUGGUCAGAUUUAAAGUUCAAGAACUGGCUAAUUCUUUCAAGAGGAGAUUUGAAGAAUGCCAGCAAAGUUUGUCAGAGCUGCAGAAGGGCCACCUCUCACUGGCAGCAGAGCUGUCAAAGAACACCAACCCCGUUGUGUAUUUUAAUGUUUCUGCCAGCGAUGAACCUUUAGAACACACAACCAUGGAGCUCCUUUCAAAUAUUGUCCCUCGAACGGCUGAAGAUAUCAGGGCCCUGUGCAUGGGGGAGAAAGGUGAGUUCAUUAUUGGUCAUGCUAUUAAAGCUAUGAACAAUCACAGGCAUCCAGAGUGCUUCUGCUGUGAUAUCUGCCAACAAGUAUUGGCCAGUAUUGGAUUUGUCAAGAAUGCUGGCAGGAAGGAACUCAUUGCUGAUGCUCGUGAACCAAAGGGAGAAUAAUUAUAUUGUUUACCCUGCUAUGACAAAAUGGGCGUCGACAUCUGUGGAGCACAUAGAAGACCAGUUGAAGGAUGUUUGGUGAAUGCUAUGGGCAAACAGUGGCACGUGGAGUUGUGUCUGCUCUGAAUAAGGCAUGGCGUGUGAACUGUUUUCUUGUUCAACAUGCAACACUAAGUUAACGCUCAA